UGUUCCAAUUCCAUACAUCAUCAACCUCGAUGCAUCACGCAAUUCACAUGCAAGAAUAAGGGGGGGAGAGAGAGAGAGAGAGAGAGAGGAAACCUCCAUUAAGCUUCCCACGGUCCUCUCUAGCCGUCUUAAUUUACUCAUUUUCUCAGUCAUUGAUAAUUGGUAUUGGUAAAGGCGAAAGCUUGCUUCGCUUCCAUCAUCUUCUCUAGUCUUGCAUGAUUACCGAUCCGCAGCUUCAACACCCACUGACCUUCUGCACCACAAAUGUGAGGCUCGAUCGGUUUAUGACUCUCAGCUUGAGGUUUCCCAUCUCCGCCGUUGCAAGUCUCCCUGACCCAGAAGCUGAAUUUUCCCGGAGAGGAUGAUUCUGGGGUCAGGUCGUUCUAUCCUACUCCCUCCGGCCACGUACGGCGGUUCCUCUCGGCCUGGUGGGUUCCCCACUUUCAGCUCAAAAUCCUCGAAUUCGGGUUCCUACGACCGGAGGAAGGAGACGAGAAAGGCUGUCUGCGCCUGCACGGCUCCCCCUGCCAAUGUCCAGAGUGAUGGUUUCUCUGCGACCAAAUUCAAUGGCCAAUCAAGAGCUGCGGACUAUGGCAUGUUUCGCGAGCCUGAGGAUGACUCUGAUGUGCUCAUCGAGUGCAGAGACGUGUACAAGUCGUUUGGUGAGAAGCAUAUAUUAAGAGGUGUGAGCUUCAAGAUUAGGCAUGGGGAAGCUGUGGGAAUCAUUGGCCCUUCAGGCACAGGGAAAUCGACCAUUCUAAAGAUAAUGGCUGGACUUCUUGCUCCUGACAAGGGUGAGGUUUUUAUUCGUGGUCGGAAGAGGGACGGCUUGAUAAGCGAUGAGGAAAUUUCUGGUCUUCGAAUUGGUUUGGUGUUUCAAAGUGCGGCUCUCUUUGAUUCCCUGACGGUCCGAGAAAAUGUUGGCUUUCUUUUGUACGAACAUUCCAGUAUGCCCGAGGAACAAAUCUCAGAGCUAGUCACAGAAAUCUUGGCUGCAGUCGGAUUGAAGGGAGUUGAGGAUCGCCUGCCCUCGGAAUUGUCGGGGGGCAUGAAGAAACGAGUGGCCUUAGCUCGUUCUAUAAUUUUUGACACAACAAAGGAUUCAAUAGAGCCGGAGGUACUGCUGUAUGAUGAACCCACAGCUGGGCUUGACCCGAUUGCAUCUACAGUGGUUGAAGACCUAAUUCGGUCUGUCCAUAUGAGAGGGGACGAGGAUGCUGCUGGGAAGCCUGGGAAGAUUACAUCAUAUGUGGUUGUGACUCACCAACACAGUACCAUUCAAAGAGCUGUCGACAGGUUGUUGUUUCUUCAUGAGGGGAAGGUUGUAUGGCAAGGAAUGACCCAUGAAUUUACGACAUCCACAAAUCCCAUCGUGAAGCAGUUUGCUUCUGGGAGCUUGGACGGUCCGAUAAAAUACUAAUAUGAAAUAGACUGCGGCAUUAUACUGAAGAAAGAGCCAGGGCUAUGAUUUUUGUAUGUCGUGUAUAGUUACUAGAUUCGUAUACAUUCACUGAGACAUCUACAUGAAUAUAGCCCGACUUCACGAGAAGCGAUUUGGCUCAGAGAGGCUUAUUCAUGAUCAGAUGAUGUACUCUGGUCUCCUUUACCAUUGCCUAUGGUCGGAAGCUGUACCUUGUCCUCCUUCACCAUUGCCCACAGUCGGAAACUGAUAGUCAGAAACUCUUUUUUUCAAGUUAGAGAUCACGACAUAGUCCUUAUGACUGAUGGGUUGGUGUUAUCUGAAACUACAUUGAUGUUUUAGCUUUUAGAGAGAUCAGAAAGGAUUCGUCCAUACGUGGCCAAAUUGACACAUGGCUGAUAUAUUGACAAGUGCUGAUUUUUAUAUUUGCUCCA